UAAUGUUUUAUAUAUAUAUAUAUAUAUAUAUACCUUAUUUAAUUCUUUGAUCGGUAAUUGUCUUGAUGGCCGAGCGGUUAAAGGCGUAUGUUUUCCAACCUAAAGGUCAGAGCUGUGUGAUGGUUCGAAUCUCAGCAGUUUCGAAUGUAUUUUUUAUAAAAACAAUAUUUUAAUAUAUUGAUAAGGACCAUAAUAACAUUGGUAUGUAAUCAAAUAUCGACCUUAUGUGUAUGAAUAGAGCGAUGGUGAUGCUCUCUAGGAACAAACAUCAGAAACAAUGAUGGGGAAAUUCAAGAUGGCGACCCCCAUCACAGAAUAACAAAUCAAUAUGGUGAUAGUAACAACAUCCAAGAUGGUGGCCUCCAGCAGACCAAAACAAAUGACUAUUGUGAUGUCAUAAACAAAUAUGGCGAUCGUAACUAAAAUUGCAACAGGUGUGAUUAAAAAUGGCGGCUAUGACUUCAUAAUUUUAAAUACUGGUAAACAAAAUGGUAGAAAGUUCUAGAAUUCAAAAUGGCGGCUGGAAAUGACGUAAUCUAAUAUGGUGGCCGGGUCAUCCAAGAUGGCGGCCGAAAAUUAUGUAAUCCAAGAUGGCGGCUGGAAAUGAUAAAAUCCAAGAUGGCGGUCGGAAAUGACGUAAUCAAAGAUAGUGGACAGAAGUGACGUAAUCCAAGAUGACAGCCGGAAGUGACGUCAGGGGUCAAAGGUCAUAACAGUGAUGUCAGGGGUCAAAGGUCACGAAUCCUGAAUCCUUUGCCUCCAGCCUCUGUGCUCGGAGGCACUAUAUCUAACUACUUUCGUACUAUUCCUCUUGUUGAUUGGCCUACUAGGCAUCAUGACAGCAAUGAUAGAUAGAGGAGUUAAGGGCGCCGCCUACUUGGAGAGCGCAGAGACGUGCAGAGCCUUGGAAAUCCGGCUUUUAUUCGAAAACUAUUCCACGUAUUGUUUUGCGGUUUGGCUACGAAAAGCAUUUAAGGAACAGCUUACAGGCCUAUAAUAGUGAGACGUUCUAUUUUCCCUUACUAAUAGGUAAGUUUUGACUGUGAAAAUGGCUAAAACGGCACUUUUUGCGGCGAGAUUUAGGUAAGAAGAUUCAUUUUCCCGGGCUUCGGAAAAUUAUAGACCCGUAGAAUGCACCUUUGUCUUGCGUCGCGUGAUAAAAAAAUAUAGUUUCGUAGAUGAAAAUCGAUGGUUCUACGAUGCAGUUCUAAAGCACUGCAUGCCAGUAAGACACUCCAGUGAAGUGGCGCCACCACGCGCUCCGCUCGGCCGCUAUCAGUCCGGGAGGGGAAGUAGCCUUGAGCGGCGGGAAGGUGGGUAUGCGGGGGGAAAAGAUCCGGCUGGUAGGGGGAGUGCCCAGCUGCUGCGUGUCGCUAACCUGAGUCUAGGGCAGUAGCUGUCUUUGACAGACGCACAGUGCGAGGUGCGAGAUAAUAGUUCGUACAUCCAUCAUCCUGCGUGCGUGCUCUGAUACUUGUGAAUGUGUGUGGGUGAAUUGACUCGCGUCAAGUGCCAGUAGAACGUUUAGCCUUUAUACCCAUUUAGAAAGGUUUGAUUUACAAAGGUAUGGAAUCUGCGAGAAAGCAAGUUUUGAAUGAAGACAAAAGAAGAGGUAAAAAACGUCACUUGCGUCUGAAUGCAGUUCGAAAGAAAAGGAAAUGGAACAAAGGGAAAGUUUUACGUUUAGUUGACGGCAGGCUGCGUUACGUGAAAAACCAUGAAACAAGGUUUUCCAACUAUACUUCACAUGAGUCUUUCAGUACAUCCAAACACGCGGGGAAUAUAGAAAAUGCUGUUGAAAGGAAAACCCAGACAGACAGUGAGACUUGCUACAUAACGUUGUCUCCAGCAAGGUGUUCCACCUCUCCCGGCGAUACUGCUUCACAUGAUCAAGUAGACAUCGAUGGAGCAGGUUGUUCGUUUUGGACAAACGAAAUAUUGGCGACACCGCAGAAAGUCACAACUACUGAUUAUCCUACAGAAGAAUAUGAUGUUACUGGAAUAUUUUCAGACACGGAACAAGAGUCAAAAUCGGUCACAUGUGACUACGCUCAGCUUCUUGAAGGCGUGGAGAAACUUUCGUCACCAGCAUCUUCACCAGAACAAACCUCUCCUAAAAAAACUUUCAGCUCUGAAUCAUCAACCUUUCCGAUACAAGGCCGUCGACUGUUUGAUGUUGACUUUCUAUUCAAAGAAAUGUCGCGCAUCAGCCAACAUAACAAAGUGUUUCAGUGUUCGUUUGAAAAUAUGCGAUUAAUAAAAGAACAUAAAAAUGGAAUGAUAAGUAAAUUUGAUUUCAAGUGUAAUAUGUGUGGUACUGUUGAAUCUAUUUUCUCGGAGGACCCCCAAACAAAUAAAGUCAACUGUAACAUGGCAUGGGUGAACAGUAUGUUGUUAACGGGCCAAAGUUUUACACAGUUACAAGACAUAACUUCAACUUUGGAAAUGCCUUGCAUGGCCAAGGAGACUUUCAACAAAUGUCAAAAAUCCCUAUCUUCUGUUAUACACGAUGUCGCAUGUCAAAGUAUGGAAGCCGCUGGCAAAGAAGAAGCAAGAUUGGCAGUAGAAAAUGGCAGUGUGGAUGUCGACGGAGUUCCUCUCAUAGCAGUUGUCACUGAUGGAGCUUGGUGUAAACGAUCGUAUGGAAACAAAUAUGAUGCUCUUUCUGGGGUGGUAAGUUUGUGUAUUACGUAAUCUUAUUGCGUGUUGAAUAAUAAUUUGUAGGCAAUCUGUGUUAUAUCAGUAAUUAUGUAUUAUUAGUAACUAAAAUAAGUUCAUGACAGUGUGAACAACACGUAAUAGUUAUUUUGUUAAUAUUUCCUUCUUUUGUAGAUAAAUGCGACAAUUUAAAUUCUUUAUAAGUGCAAACAUUGUAUAGUUAUUUUGUGAUAGACCUGUUUGCUAGUAUGAAAGUCUUUUAGGCCUACCGGCAUAGAGCCAUAUACUUAGAGCCUAUUGGCAUAAUGCCAGACAUUCGAAAUAAUGUAAUUAUCCUGAUUAUACAAUGUUCGUUACCUUACAUUAAGUUUUACAGCGAACAGAUUAAAUAUGCUUGUUUUUUUUUCUUAUAGGCUUGCAUAGUAGGAAAAGAAACAAAAAAAGUUAUCUUCGCAAGCACUAGGAAUCGAUACUGCUGCAUAUGUUCACGAGCAAACAGUAAAAAUGAGACGCCAAAGGACCACGUCUGUUUCAAAAAUUGGAACAAGUCUUCAAAUGCCAUGGAAUCUGACAUCAUAGUGGAAGGUUUCAAAUGCAGUGUUUCCAUGCAUAACCUGAAAUAUCAUCAGCUGAUUGGUGAGUCACAAGGUGAUCAGUUAAUUUCAGAUGUUAUUAAUUAUUAUGUAUUUGUGUCGAUAGUAUAUUUUCGAAAUAAUUUCAAUGCCGUGUGGUAUUUAAUGUUUUUAUUUCCGACGUCGCACGUUUCAUAUGUUUUCAUACAAUGCUGCAUAUUGUAACGAACUGAAAUGUAGCGCUUUUGUAACAGCUACUUCCUAAAUAUACAGAAAGGUAUUAGCUCUACAAUGUUUAUAAAUGUAACCUCGCGAAGAGUAGGUACUAAAUAUUGUGAACUAUAUGAAAAUAGUUAGCCUCAGAGCAGUAACCGAGCGCUCUGAUAUGCCUACAAGAAGAACGUGCAUAUGUGGCCAUUUCGAGUUAAAAAUGAUUUGGUAGUUUUCUGUAGGUAUUUUUCAGUGAGCCAUUGUAUGUAAGUAGUUGUGUUAAUUAAAGAAAUGUUGUCUUGCACUUGUAUUUCAUACCCCAGAAAUAGCAUAGCCAUACAAUUCAGAGCCUACCACUAUGUUAAUAUAUGUACUUCUUUGAGGGCUUAACUGCAGAUUUAUGUCUUGGUAUGGUUCUUAGGAAUAUUUUUAAAGGGUAUGCAAGGUAUAAAGUUUUCCAUUUAGCCGAAAAAAGGACCCAAAAAUAUUGUAAAGUAUGCGGCCUUAGUUUUAAUAUUUGUGAGAAAUAGAGUAUUGAAGUCUUAUCUUGUUUAAGGCCAUGUUACAGCGUUUAACGGCCCUUCAAAAACAAUAAUUUUUAAUCAAUGUUUUGUCUAUACAGAAAAAUCACCCAGUUUUAACAAUACCACCUUAAACGUUUUAUUAAAGUAUUGUCAUACCAAUAAACAUAACAGUUUUUUUCCAAUAUUUCUAAAUAAGUUAACGCCAAUUUUUUGCCCGAAAAUGAGAUAAAGAAUGACAAAAUAAUGCAUGCGGCCGAAUUAUACGUGGUAGGUUUAAAUAGCUUCUAAGGAUUUGUUCACAGUUUCAUUUCACGGAGUCUAGAAUUUUCUCAAUUCAUUACAUUGGAAACUAACUGAUAAAUUUAACUCAUUAUUUUCGAAACGCUGCAACAUGGCCUUGUAUUUUUUUUCGUAUAUAAAUAAAUACCUAUACAUUUAUCACAUUAGUACGUAGCGUGUUGUAAACAUUUUCAGGAGAUGGCGAUAGCAGCAUUAUGACCCAGUUGGUGAAGGCUCAGCCAUAUGGUCCAAAUUUUACAAUCACCAAAAUUGAAUGUACUAACCACAUACUGCGAAAUUACCUUCGAAGGAUACGUUGUAUUGCUCAAAAGACGAAAAACGAAAUUGGUUCCGUUUCUCCUGUUCUACGAAAGGCUGUAUCUGACAAACAACUCCGCCUUCGAGCUGCAGUCACCGGAGCUGUGCAGCAUAGGCGUGCUCAAAAAGAGUUUCCAAUUCACAGAAAAAUUGAGGAGUUAAAACUUGACAUUUACAAUGGUCCAUUUCACGUAUUUGGUGACCACUCAGGAUGCCCAAUUAGAGGUUAUUUCUGUAGCGGAUUGAAAGAAAACGAGGAAAACCUUGUACCGCCUCUUCAAGAGGCAGGUAUAUGGUCAGAAAUAAUAGCAGCUCGAAACAUUGUUGCACAUCAUGCUGUAAGCCUUUUACAUAAUGUCAAUACUAAUACAGCAGAGUCUUUCAAUAAUGUGGUUUGCAAGCAUGUUUCAAGUAAACGAGUAAACUUUUGUUUGAGUGGUGGCUACCAAACAAGAAGCGAGCUCUCUGUAAUUUCUUUUAAUUCAGGUCCUCAAACACAGUCCUUUAUCCAUAAAGGUUUAACAAACAGUAGUCCUGGAAACAUCACUAAAGCUCACAUACAGCGCAAGGAACGUUCAUCAGAGAAAAGAAAGCUCAGGAGGCUGACAAACCCACAAACAUUUAAGCGCAGAAAGUUGUAUGUGACAGGUCCUGACAAGGAUUAUGGCUGUGUAGAACAACGCAUACCUGACAUGGAACCAGACGAAUAUGCAAGACAGACACAGGAAUUUCUCGCUAGUCUUUGUAAAACGGAUGAAGAACGAGAAAAUCUACAAAUCGCUACCAAAGGGCAAAAUGAUUCUGUUCUCUGGAAAUCAGAAAGAAUCAAGCGACUGACAGCAUCAAAUUUCGGUAGAAUCUGUAACAUGAAGAAAUCCACUAAGCGAGCAAAAUCCGUUGUCAAUAUAUUGUACAGUAGGUUUUCAGGGACGGAGGCCACAAGGUAUGGAUUGGAAAAUGAGCAUAGCGCCAUUCAGGAUUUUGAAGUGAACUUUGGUAAGAAGGUGGCUCGCUGUGGCUUAUUCGUCGAUAAGGAACACCCAUGGCUGGCAGCAACACCUGACGGUCUUGUUGGAGAUGGUGGUAUCCUUGAAGUAAAAUGUCCUGCCGUAGCUGCCAGAAUGUCUCCACAAGAAGCAGUGGAACAGAAAAAAGUAACAUUUUGUAACAUUGUGGAUGGUAAAAUGUUUCUGAAGAAAGGACAUGCUUACAUGUACCAAGUGCAGGGACAACUGCAUAUUACCAAUCGUAAGUACUGUUAUUUCGUCCUUUGUACACCACGUGGCUUACUAGUGCAACAAAUUGAAAGAGAGAACAGUUUCUGGAAAGAAAAAAUGAUCAACAAACUGACACAGUUUUACAUGACGUGCCUUCUACCGGAAAUAAUAGAUCCACGUUAUCCUAGGAAUAUGGAAAUCAGGGAACCUGAUAAUACACUGUAAACAAUUGAUGGACAAUAGCCUUACAUGUAAGCCAAAAUUACCACAAACAGUACAGGUAAAUUCCCAUUUUUAAAGAAGGAUAUUAACAACAAAAAUGAUUUCAUAAAGAUUACAGUUAGGCCUAUAGAUUUUUGUUUUCUAGUCCAAUAAACAAUUGAAACAUAGAAAAUUGGCGUACUAGUUUGACGAAAGAUGUUUGAAAUGAUACAGUUAUACAGACAAGUGCCCAGUUGCCAGUUUCCGUGCCAACAGAAAAAAAACCUUAUGUUUGUGUAUGCUGUGAAAUACUUAAAUCAAUAUAAUGUAACAGUGUAAUUGGCAUGCAGUGUCUUAUAACUUUGCACUUAGAUUAUAUUAUUAUGGGCCGUAUCUCAUUGUGAAUCGUUUUAAAAGAUAUACGUAAAAUGUUUGUUUCACUCUACAUGUUAUAUUGUGCGCUGAUAGUUUACUACUAGUAUCGAGCAGCUGUUUAUUUUUAUUUUUGGUUUUGAUGUAUUAACAUUAGUUUCAUUAUUUGUAUUUGCACCGUGUUAUUUAUCAAGAGUGUUCGAAACGAAAUAAUUUGUUAUACUGAAUCUGAAAUAGUUGUAUGAAUAUAUUUAUUUUUGUAUGUUUAAAUAUGUAAGGUGGAAUAUUUUUUUGUGUAAACAAUUAGUAUGUAUGUUCAGAGCUAUUGUAUUGUAGCUAUUGUCUCAACAGUUUCAAAACAUGAAGCCAGUUUUUUACCAUUUACUUAAGCUGAUUCAUGGUGACAACUGUCUUAUUUUGUGGUACAAAUUACAUAGAUGUAUAACCUGUAGUAAGAAUGAACAUAACAAUUCUCAUAGAUAUAAAAUGUAAAUAAAAUAUGUAAAUGUGGUAUUGUUGAAUGAGCAUUAGGUGUUGUGUGAAUAAUAUAUUUUGUUAUGAAUGUUGUAAUUUACAAGAAAGAUAUUUAUAUACAUAUGUUGUAAAAUAUACACAUAUCCAUACACACUUUGCAGCAAGUGAUUUCAUUACAUACCCUUCCAUUUUAUUUUGGCAUUUUGUAUACACUGCCAAAGGAAAAGUUUAAUUACGAUUUACUACCAAUCUGUACAAAGUGCCUACAAGAGGUUUACAUUUGUGGAUACAUGUGCCUCUGUAGUACAUUAUUAUUGUAAUAGUGAACGAAUAUUAAAUUCACACAUCUGGUACUUUAAAAUUAAGUAGGAAUAUGAAGAAAACAUACAUUAUAGUAUUUGUUACAUUAAGAAGGAUCACAAACACACAUGGUAUUACCCAUAUUAAAAUAAGAAUAAUAUAUAAAUACAUUAAGAUUAGACACAUUACAGAGUUUACAUUACUUAAGACCGACGACAAUAAAUAGGGAUGUAGUACGUUGAGUAACAUUGUCAUAUAUUACAUGACAAAUUAAUCCUUUAGUACACUCACUAGGUCAUUGAAUAAUCUAAGACAAUCAUAAGAAUAAACUCAGGCAAUAUAGAAAGGCCUAUACGAGUACACAAACGAAUAAACAUUAGACUACUAGUUAACUUACAGUAGAACAAAAACUAAACAUGUCUUAAUUUUUUAUAAAAUAUUUCAUAAGUUUAUUUAUGACCCGCAGUGAAAUUUACAGUUUUUUUUGUCCUGAAAUAAAAUUGCAUUCGCUAUGUUCUUUCUAGACAUCGUUUUCCGCACUAUCUCUUAAAAAUUGUGAGCUGUAGCGCUAAGCAGCACACAGGCUGACGAACAUAUAAGAAUAAAUUUAGCCAAUCAGUGUACGCUAAUGCGUAGCAAGUUUAAUAGUUCAGUCGGUAAUAAUCUAAAUUAUUUGUUAUUAAAUGCAAUAGAAACAAAACGAUCUCAUUUGAUAGCAAAUGUAGAUAGUUGUUUUAAAGUACCACAAAUUUGAAACACCAUUUGUUAAUUCACAGCCAACCAUAUAAGGAGUGAGGCAAUCAUCGUUUACGUAACAUAUGAGAGGCUAAUAUUGAUAAUGGUGUAAGUCACUUAUAUUCCGAAGCACUAGUGUUACAUUAAAUAUGUUUCAUACGAAAGCCCCUCUAAAUUAUUUAAUAUUUAUUAACUUUCUCACAAUCAUUCAAGCACUUAGUUGGUUCUGUCUUUUAAAUAUCGUAACAAAUAAUUGUUUUGUUAAAAAUUGGUAAUGUGCCUUAUUCCACUAUCAUUCUAAGCCUUUCAUAUCAUUGCAUGCAGUUACGGCAUUCAUAAUAAAAGGCCACUUAUAUUUUCCGAGUUUGAAUAGGAAAAUAUAUCUUUAUUCGUUAACCAUUUUUACUAAAGCCUGUUCUACAGUGACACGGAACCGUAAGCAACGGAAACGCAUAACGGAAACUCAAACGCAAUCGCAAGAGUUGUGUUGCCAAUCUCAUGCCGAAGCGUUUCCGUGUCCGCUUGCGUCCACUGUUGCAAGUAUAUUAAAAUAUUCGUUUUUGUGCGUUCACUGUAGAACGGACCUAAUGAUUUAUAAGAACGGCUGAAAACAAUAGCGUCCGAAAUGAAAUAUGCUAGAUGUAUUUUACUGCAGAACAAUAAACGGCGAUUGUUUCAUCAGCUGCAAAAUAUUGCAUACAAACACAACUUAAAAACCAACAGAGCAUUCGUUUAAUGGGUAAUAAUAAUUAUAUUAUAGUUUCUUCAUUCCAAAAGAAAGUAUCAUGGCAUAAAAAUAUCUUUCACGAUUCUCUGAAGUGUAAUCUGGCCUUAGUUCAGCGCGGAAAUCCUAAACAAUGACAUUCCGCCGCAUGCGCCAGCCAAGUGUCUCGAGGUGCCGGCUCGGUGCCGGGAAGCGGACACCACGUUCACUAUCUGCCUCGCGCCCUUUCCCCUGCCCCCGCACUCUCCCACCCAGGUGUCUGCUCGGCGGUCGGGUGGGGGAAGACACCAUCCCGCCUUUCGAGGGGCGGAAACCACGGCGAGUAGUUCCAGCGUCUGCCGCGAUUCCUGCACGAAGAUGAGCCCGUCCAAGCGCGCGAAGUGAUUUUCCCACGGACAUAGGCGGCGCCCUUAAGUGCUGGGCUUUCCCCCAUCUUCCCCAACACCCUUUUUCAUCCUUUCGCAUCUUGCGAGUGGAGUGUGUGGCGACGAAGUUCACAUUUCCGCACUCUUCAGCUUGUCUUUUUCUGUGGAUGUUUUCGCCAAGAAUUUAGAAAAACUCUAAAUUGUUUUUGUAGGGUUCUUCCGGUAACAAUGUUCAAGGGUAUGGUGUCAGUGGUUUCGACCGCCAUAUUGGAUUGUGACAUCAUGAUGGCCAUUUUGGAUGACCUUGACUCAGACAUUGAGCCCUGAAGCCUUAUUGUUUUUUACCAUCUUGGAAUUAUGAUGCCAUCGUUGCCAUUUUCGUUACGGUCGCCAUCUUAGAUUUUAGAAACGUUGCAUUUUUCAUUACGGCCGCUAUCUCGAAAAUCCGUUAAUAUAAGAUUUUAAAGGGAAAUUUUUUAAAAUAAAUAAAACUUCAAAAUAACAAAAUAUUAGAAGAAAUUACCUAAUUUUUAAUAUCGUAGGCCAUCUUAAUAAUCCGUAAUAUUAUACAAUUUUAAUGAGAAAUUUAAAAAUUCACAACUACGUUAAUAAAACUUUGAUAUAGAAUUUUCCUGCAACUUUAAUUAUGACAUCAUUGUUGCAUUUAUAGUUAUGAUCUUGAUUUUGAAAAUCAAUAAUUUUUAUCUAAUUAUAACAAGAAAGAAAUUAAAAUUAAAAAUAAAACAUAUUUUGUAGGUAAUAUUUUUAUAAAAAUAUGUCUUAAGGUCUUCAGUUUAAACCCAGUGAGGGCAGUCAUUUAAAAAUGGCUACAGAUCCUGCCUGUACAGAACCCACCGGCAGACUGACCUCCCACCACUAAUGCCAAGGCAAAUAUUACAUCAGCCAGUGUGAUGUUAUGGCGAACAUAUUAUUUUUGUCUGCGGGAAAAAGCCAUUUACUUUUCGUCUGCUAGAGGGCACUGCCACCUUAUUAGUUCACUUUUAAUCCACUAGUGUGCAGGAAUCAUUUAUAGCCAGGGUGCCCCGCCAUUUUGGCUGCCAUCUUGAAAAUCUGUAAUUUUUAGCUCAAAAAUUAAAAAAAUUUCUAAAUAUCAUCAAAAAUAACUUGUUAAAAUAAUGUUUGUAUUGAUCGCAUACAGUGUUUGGUUCGGUCCCUGAUCAAUGCAAAAAUGUAUGUUCAGAAUACUAAAGCUGCUUAAUUUUCUCAUCCACCAGCCUCCAGUAAGUAAAUAUUGACAAUGGCACUAUCUUGGAAAUUCGUAAUUAUUAACCCAGAAAUUCGGGGGGAAAUCCAAAAAUCAUCAAAAAAAUCCCUGGUUAAAAUAAUGAAUGAUUAGAUCGUAUCCUGUCGGAGGUUUUGAUACCUGGCAGUACAUAGUUGAUUAAAUUGAUUAAUAAUUAUUUAACUGUCCAAGGUUUGGAAUGCAUUAACUAAAAAAAUCGCUACCACGUGAAACAGCAGGACAGAUAACAAGUUAGCACACACACCAAGUGCCAGUCACUCAUGUAGUGAAGACCGCGUGAUCAAAACCCACCCGCCAACUUUGUAUUAUAUUUUCUUGCCUUAUUUAGACAUAUAACGUCCAAUAAAUAUAAAGUUAAAAGUAUUCAUAUACAUCUAGUCAAAAUACCUAAAUUCGAGCACGUUAACCACAAAGUUUUUAAAUUUUUCCCAAGGCUAGAGGCAGAGGCUGGACGAAGCCGAGCGAGAGACUCGCCUGCCGGCACUUGCAAAUGAACAUUGACCUCGUCCGUGAGAGUUGCAAGCUUGCAGAAUGUCGCGGCAGCCGGAUGUUCGCUCAAGGCUCCGCAGGUCGUUGCUUCCUGGCCCUCUCGCUAACAGUAAAAAUGUCUUUGAAACCAUAACCCUGGAUAUGUAAAGUACUAGUGUAAAUGGCUUCAAAGUAAAAAAAAAAACAGUACGAGAAUAUAAAAGUAGUUAACGAAUGUAACACUUGCGCCCUGAAAAUUUUUGUAGUGUAUUGAUCAGAGUCAAACCCAGGCCAUAUGCCACAAAAACGAUAUCGCCACGAAUAAUAAAAAACAACAAAACUUCAUAUAGGCCAAGUGUCUUCGAACCAAGAGGUAUUUUUCGACGAUACUCCACGAACAUUUUAAACAAUCCUUGUCCAACGUCACGCGUUUAGACCACGCAUCUCCAAACCACGAGACAAAUCAUGUCCUGAAUACAUUCUUGUGUAUGCACAUUAAAUGAAACGACACACAUACAACACAAGAAAAGGACGUGCCAUGUACGCACUGGACAUGCAAUGGUAAUGUAAUUCACACACUGGACACGCAGCGAAUAGGCAACACACACACUGGACAUGCAAUGGAAACACUGGACAUGAUAUGGACACAUUGGACAUUCAGUGGACACACUAGACAUUCAGUGGACACACUAGACAUGCAGUGGACACUCUGGACAUGCAAUGGACACAGUGAACACAUUGGACAUGCAAUGGACAUGCAAUUGACACACUAGACAUGUAAUAGACACACAAUGCACAACUGGACACACAAUGGACAUGCAAUGCACACACUGGGGACACAACCAAGAGAACACAGUCUUAUUAGAAAUCAGACUUUGAGAAAUAAAAUAAUAUAUUUAAUGCAAUGAAUUGAAUUUUUUUCAAAUUUAUACACAUAGCAGAUAAAACAAGUCAUUAUAGUAGGUAGUCUUAGUUCACGGAGUAUGAUGACUACUUCAUUGAGGUGCAAGUAGUUUCCUCCACUAAUCGAUGCCAUCAGUAGUCUGAGGCGAUAGGUGUAUGAUCAAUCUCUUCUAUCAUCAUCUUCCUGGAAUGUUUGUUAUUAAUAUUUUUAUGAUCGUUAUCGUCCCAGUGAUCAUCAUAAGCUUCAUCAGAAUAAUUUAUUUUAUCGCAUAGUUUCCAUCGUUUUGGUCUCAAGACUUAAUCACAAUCUUCGAUCUUUCCAGCUUUAGGUGCUUUAUUACAGUCUUUGGUGUUGUCACCAGUUUCAGAAUUACUGUCGCCAUUAUCGUAGAAGUCAGCGUCUUCACCUGGAUUACUGUAAGAAUUCUAAAUCGUUGACGUCGCAGUUUCUUCAUCGUCUUAAUCCUCCUUUUAAAUAGUCCAUCAUUUAUACGAUGAAUGGAGGAUCUGUUUGAAUUCGGCUUGAAUGUAUUCUCAUUUUUCACGGUGAUGAUACUUCUAUUGCUUCCAGUCUUCCUUAAACUGUCUGCAUACUUCAAAUUAAGUUCUUUGUCGAGAUCGGGGGAGGUAUGAACAUAAUCACGUUCAAGACAAGGAAAAUUAUUUACAUUGUGCAGCACACUCUUCUUUAGAAUAGCAGCUCCAUCGCUGUCCUGUAUUAUGUUAGUUGGCUUGACUUUACAAGUUCGGCCAUGUCUUUUCAAGCUAUCAAUUCGUGUAAAAAAACUGCUAUAACGAUCACAGCCUAACAUUUUGCGUAGUGAGUUUUUAAAACAAUCAUUCUUUUCAUGAUUUUCAGCAUUCCUUCUCAGGACAAAUUCCUCACUGCAGGAUCUACAGCUGUGUCCUUCCGAUACAGCUGCAAGCAUUGAACUAUGGUCGUUGUUAGCUUAUGCGACUAAUGCCAGAUGCAAAUUGGAAUAAUUACUUAAAAAUAAAUUUUUUAUUAUUUAGUAUUCUGCGAGAGUUAAUUCAACCUAUACAAGAAAUUUGUCGCCUGUAGUUCCUAUUCCUGUCAACAGAUGUCGCCACGUGUUUUUUUUGUGGUAUUUUUUUUAUGUGGGAUGCGGGAUAUUCACAUUUUAUCGCAAGAGAAGGAGGGUCUCGCUAGACCUCAAGAAGAAGGAAAACCGUAUUGCAUGAUGGUGUUUCUCAGCUUUUUAAAGGAAUAGUAUUCGACUAUGUAAUGACUAUUUUUUUGUUUAAAUUCCAUCUGAUUUAAAUAUUGUAAGUGCUGAUUUAGUAACAGGAAUUCAUUAAUUUAUACGAAACUCUGAAUAUAAUUGUAUGUCCCAUCUCGAAAAAAAUUUACAUGCAGAGAUUGUUUUCUCAGUAAUAACCAGAAACACUCGGAGAAUAUCAGUAGAAGUCUCGCCAGAAAUAACCAAGAUCACAGGGAGAAAUACAACAAAAUACUGCCACGAAUAAUCAGAAGCUCACGGAGAAAAACCAUAAAAAUAUGAACAUGAAUCAUCAGGAGCACACUGAGAAAACAAACAAAAUAUGGGCAAAAAUAAUCAGGAGCUCAGGGAAAAAACAAAGAGAAGUCUUGAUAAUCAAUCUCAGUGAAUACAUUUAAAUAUAUGUAUGCUUGCAAAUUUAAUAUUAUAAUAGUCCAAGGAAAGCUAUAUACAUAUUAUACAAAUGAAUAUUUUUAACAGAUGUAGUAUAUUAUUAUCCCAAACAUACUCUAUAUAAACAUAUAAAUCAUAUAUAUCGUCUAAAUGUAACAUUCAUUGAGCUGGAUUUACAAGACUACUCUUUGUUUUCUCAAUGUGCUCCUUAUUUUUUUCCAAUAUUUUGUUGAUUUUCUCCGUAUGCUCCUGAUUAUUCGUGGCAAUAUUUUGUUGUAUUUAUCCGUGUGCUCCUGGUUAUUCCUGGCGAGACUUCUUCUGAUAUUCUCUGAGUGUUUCUGGUUAUUACUGAGAAAUAAAUCCCUGCAGGUAAUAUUUGUUUUCGAGAUGAGACAUGCAAUUUUAUUCAGACAGACCUCUCUGACGUCACGGCAACCAUCUUGGAUGACCAUGACCUUGACCUCCAAAAUUUGCCAAAAUGUACCAAACUAUGCCCAAAAUCCGCCAAAAUUUCCAGGUUUUUUUUAAUCUCGCCAAAAAAUCACAAAAAAUUCGAAAAAUAAUUUUUCUCUAUUUCGCUGGAAAAAUUCCCGUUUAGAGGGUAAAUGUCCCAUUUUUAGUUUUUAAAAAUGCCAACGGCUUGAAAUUUCCAUUUUGAGGAUUAAGAAUCCAUGUCCACAGCCUCCGAUAAGCCUCUGACAUCAUCAUGAAUUAUGAUGUAACUGUUGCAAUUUUCAUUACGGCCGCUAUCUUGAAAAUCAGUAAUUUAUAUGCUAUAAAAUUGGGAAAAAUGUUAAAAUUCAUAAAAAAAUUAACUUAUAAAAUUUUGAUAAAAUGUUAUUGUAAAAUUUACUUACAUCAUGGAGUCCUCGGUUCGAACCUGGCGAGAACAAAAAUAAAAAAAUGUCAGGUCCUUCCUCCAUGGAAGUCGCUGGCAGACUUACCUCCCAUCACUAAUGCCAAGGUAUAUAUAUCACCAGUUAGUAUGAUGCCAUGUCCGCCAUCUUGUUUUCGUCUAUUGGAGAGUGCCAUCUUGUUUUCGUCUGCUAGAGUGCACUGCCACCAUGUUAGUUUAAUUGUUAACUGCUAGAGUGCAGUAAUAAUAAUUUAUUAUUACUGUGGCGCCCACCAUCUUAAUAUUUGAACGACAUAUUGGAAAUUCGUAAUUAGCUAUAAAUUUGGGAAAAAUUCCAAAAUUCAUAAACAAAAUAUGCAAUUAAUAUACUGGCUUAUUCGAUCGACUUUUGUCCUUGGUUAGAUAAAAAAAAAGAUAAUUUAAUUAAAAAUACUACAAAAGUGACAGGUUCGAGAGAUAAAACACCGAAAAUUAUUUUACAAAAUAACAUUUAUUACAUAAAUUCUACACGACUACAGGAACACUUACUAAAGUUAGCAAUAUUAUUACCAUUUAGUUCUGCAUUGGCUUUAACUAAUUAUUAGCUCCAAUCGGUUUACUAAAGACAGAGACCUACCUGAUCCUUUACCUACAUAGUCUUUUUCUUCCCGACGGACUUUCUCGUUACUUUGUUUAACUGUUUGCUUCACAUCGUCAGAACUGUGAAUUAGAGGAGCCGAUGUCUUGAAAGCACACUUCUUCACUUUUGUCCUCGAACAGAUAUAGCUUACCAUGUACACAGUCCAACCACAAGUUAUAUUUCAAAAGUCCGUAUGUAGCUACUUCAUCAGUAAGAUGAUUGAUAAUGUUCUGUAUCAUACCGUCAAGAAAAGUACAAAUGUCUUUGGAUCCAUCAGUCUUAAUCUCCAACUCUCUUUGGCUUCAACAGGCGUUAACUCCAAAGCUCAAUGUUCCAAUUGGCCAACAUCUCUAACUGCUCCAAUGCUCCAAGUGCUCCAACAGCUCUAACUGCUCCAAUGCUCCAAGUGCUCCAACAGCUCUAACUGCUCCAAUAUUCCAAGUGAUCCAAUGCUCCAGUUGUUCCAAUUGCUGCAAAGUUCCCACAGCUCCAAUUGCUCCAACUGCUCUAAUGUGCUCCAACUGCUCCAAUGCUCGAAAUGCUCCAACUGCUUCAAUGUUCCAACAGCUCCAAUUGAUUAAACUACUCCAAUGCUCCAAUUUCUCCAAUGCUCCCCAAGUGCUACAAUGUUCUUUGUCUUGUAUGCUUGAAAUGUGUUAUAUUAGCUAUCUGCGAAGGUCUUGAUGUUCGGAAAUGUCUGGACUAUAGGUCGACUUCCAUGUUAGACAGCGCGACAACUUAUUUAAUUCGUCGGACAGGUAUAUUGACUAGUGUUUUUUUCUUAGAGUGAAUGAUUAAUAAACUCCACGAAAGUUAACGGGAAACAGAAUUAAAACAUUUAUUUUAAGAUUUAUUUAUUCUUAUCGCUGGCCGAGAAUCAAACCAAAGACGGAAUCUAUCGCAUCAAUCAUUAUUUUAAUAAGUGACUUUUUAUGAAUAUUAGAAUUUUUCCAGAAUUUCUAGCUAAAUAAUUACGAUUUUCCAAGAUGGCGAUCAUAUCGGCCUGUAAGAGACUGUUUUAUGAGGAAUUUAAGCUUAGUUUAGGACUUUCCACCAUAUUUAUUUAAAGUAUUAUUUUUUACAUAAAAGUAAUUUUUUUGCAUUGUUCAAGUACCGAACCGAGGGCAGGAAUUGAUGGAAUCAAUUAGUAUAUCAAUUAGUAUUCGAUGAUUUUUGAAAUUUUUCUUGAGUUUAUAACUAAAUAACUAUGAAUUUCCAAGAUUGCAUCCAAAUUUCACGAUGGCAUGUGUCACAGUAAUAAUAAAAGUUUACUGCACUCUAUCAGGUAAAAACUUAAACUAAUAUGGCGGUAGUGAACUCUAGCAAACGAAAACAAGAUGGUGGCCUCCAGCAGACGAAAACAAGUUGACGGGCAUGACAUAAUACUAGCUAGCGAUAUAUAUGCCUUGACAUUAGGGGUGGGAGUUCGGUCUGUCGGCGGCUUAAGUGGAGGGAGGAUCCAUCCCUUUUUUGUAUUUGUCCUUACCAGGUUCUAACCAAAUAUAUAAGUGCGUUUUUAAUAAUUAUUUAUUGAAAUUUGAUUACUAAUUUUUUUCAUGAUUUGAAGGUUUUUAUCCCGAUUUUCUAGCAUAAAAAUUGCGGAUUUUUAAGACGGCGGACGUAACGAUAAUUGUAGCGAUUAGGUCAAAAUUCGAGAUGGCGGAUGUGAUGAAGAAUUUUUUAUUAAUUUUUUAAGUUUUUAUUAAUAGAUUUUUAGUUUUUUAUUAAUUAAUUACGUGUUUACUCUCGCAGUGAAUCAAAACGAGGACUGAAAUCAAUUAUGUAACUAAACAGUUGAAUAAGGCAAUUUUUUUUAAAUUUUUUCGUAAUUUUUCGCUCAAAAAUUUAAGAAUUUAAUUUUAUGCUCAAGGUCAAGAUCUUGACCUCGGUGGCUUAGGAUGGCUUGGUUUUAGGAGUCUUAAGCCAUUUUUUUUUAGGAAUAUGUGUUCUUUGUAAGGCAAAAAUCUUUUGAGGUUUUUCGAAUUCCGAGUGUUUGAGGAAUGAAACGGGAAAUUUUACCUUCAAACGGGAAAUUUACCUCAAAGUAGGGAAUUUAUUUAAUAAUUUUGAGUCAUUUUGAGUAUUUUUUGAGUCGUUUUGAGGUAAUUUGAGUCCAAGUUGGCCGUCACAAUCCAAAAUGUUGGUCGAGUUCCCUGGAUCCAAGCCUUGAAGCCUGGCGUAGGAGCCCCAUUUGUACACUACUUUAGUCGUAUUACAGUUUUAUUGCAUGCCUUUUUUGGAAAUAGGGUGCCCCUCCCCUCGAAAUAAAAAAUCUAUAAAAAUCUCUCAUUCCCACCAACAAAAGGAAAGAAAUAGAAAAAAAGAUGAUAAAGUGGCUUUAUUUCCCCCGAAAUGAAAUUCUGCGUACGCUCUUGGUUCUAAAGGUUAAUAUUGUUUUGAUUCAUAAAUAGCUCUUUAAUAACUGAAUGACUUAUAACGCGAGUGAAACUACAGCAUGCUUACUAUAGGUAAACAUACCAAAUUACAAAUUUACAAUGUUACGAUUAGGUUAUAUUGCACGGUUGGGAUAAACGUUAACUGUAUAAGACAGAAAAUUUAUUGAACAAUGAGUUUUAUAAUGGCAAUAUUGCGCAAUCGUUAAAUUAUUAUAGUUCUUACGUAAAACUCUUCUGCCACAAUUACUUGUUUAAGCCUUCCUGCUUAAAGGUAGGCAUUUUAGCAAAAGGGGAAAAAAAUCAUGCAUAAAAAACCUGCAAUGACUCUUUUGUAAAACAAUUUCACUACUUUAUAAAUCCUGAAAACGUGAAUUAAAAUUUUUAACUGUGAGUACGUUACUAAUGUGUGAAAAUAUACUUGUUUUAAAAUAAUAUUACAGUACAGUAUUCAUAUUUUCUCCAGAGGAGAAUGUAUAAAAGGGGCUACUGGCACUGGGUCCUGGGUCGUGGUGGCGGUCGCGGCUUCUGCUGCCUUGGAAUCUAUAUAUCAGAUGAACUAGACCUUCAAAAUUUGCCGAAAAUUCGCCAAAUGCUCAAGUUUUUAGGAAAACAAUUCUGGCAGAAAUCUCAAAAAAUCGUAAAAGUACAAAUUUCCCUAUUUUGAAGGAAACAUUCCCGUUUCGAGGGACAAUUCACGUUUCAGUACACAAAAAAUGCCAGAGACUUGAAAAUUCCCCAUUGAGGCUCAAAUUCCCUGUCGUCAAGCCUCCAGUAAGCAUCUGAAGGGAAGCUUUGAUCUCGACCUUGACCUUAGGCGCCAUCAUUGCACUUUUCGUUACGGCCGCCAUCUUGAAAAUACGUAAUUUUUGUAACUAGAAAUUAAAGAAAAAAAUUAAUAAAAAA